CCGUUGGGAUGGAUCGAGGAAAAUUGGCCCCGUCUGGCGCAGCCCUUGUCCGAGUGUGAGAUCGGAGAGAAAAGUGGUUCACAGUCUAUUCGUAACACAUUCGUCGCACGGGAAAGAUGUGAAAAUUUUACGGUCGAUCGAGAUGUGAAGGAAAAGUGAUCGGGCAAAUUUGACCAAUUUUGGGGAUUUGUGUACGCGAAUUCUCGGGUAAUUGCAGUCGAUUGAAAAUUACGUCAUUAUGUGCACCAAAAGCCUCUCGUGUCCGUUGUGCUGCCAAUCGAUAUUUCCGAAUAUCGAUGCCCUACGGUUAAGUCUGCUGAAAGUUACCUCGCGGCCAUUAAAAUGUCCGAUCUGCGCCGACGAGCUGCUGGGGUUGGACAAGCUGACUAUUCACCUUUUCGGACACUCGAUUCUGGGCAAGGAGGAGAGAAGCGCUCCGGUAGUGGAUAAGAAGAAGAGCGUAACGAAUGCUCUGAAGAAUGUGCGUAAAACCAAGAAGGAAUCUACUCCAGGAAGUAGUGGGCAGCAGCAGAAGCAAGCAGGGCAAAUGAAUCACGCUAGUAAUGCCAAGUGUGACGUUUGUGGAGAUGAAUUUCGCGACCAGAAUCUUCUAAAAAUGCAUUCCUGUGUGUCGCAGGGGGCCGGUGGAAGCUCCGACGGGAUGGAGCUCCGUUUCCCAUGCAACAUGUGUUCGAAAACAUUCAAGAUGAAAGGCUCCCUUAAGAUUCAUAUGCGGGUCGUACAUCUAGGUUGUCCAAGAAAGAGUUCGUCGAACACCAGCUGUACUAGUAGUAGUACGACAACGACGAUCACGACCACUACUGCGGCACCUGUUUACUAUAGCAAUGACGUAACGCAGUGCAAUCUAUCUCUACGAAGUACUGUUUAUGCUCCCCCACCACUACAGCCGAUCCAACCACAGCAUGUUCCACCGCAAUCGCAACGGACUCCACCUCCUCAGCCGAUGAUACCUCAGCGACCAACACCUCACUCGCCUCUGCAGUCGGCAACGUCGCUCACCAUUACCACGCCCAACAGCAGUGAACCGCAGAUUAUCAAGAUCCUAGACCCACGGCAGUUGACCGAAUACGUCUACGUAUCGAAUCAGCCGCAACCACAACUAAAUCAGCAACAACAACAACCACCUCAACAGCUGCCUCAGCAUCCAUCGCCUCAACAACAGCAACAAGUUGUCGAACGUAUCAUUGCCAACAGUACUCCGCCUAGCGUUCCAUCACCCCUUGCUACACCUACUCCGAGUGGCAGUAAUGUAGGUAAUUGUAACGGUAGUUGCAGCUCCGUUUCCUCUCCUUCGCAACCAUCGCCUUCUCCCCAGUCGACCAGCAUCAAUUCCAUCUCCGAUGGCAGCAAUAAGCACUGGGAAUGCGACGUCUGCCUAAAAAGCUUCACCACAAAGUACUUCCUCAAGAAGCACAAACGACUCCAUACAGGAGAAAUGCCGUACUCGUGUCAAAUUUGUGGCAAAGCAUUUACGUUCCAACAAUCGUACCAUAAGCAUCUGCUGUACCACAGCGACGAGAAGCCUCACGCGUGCACGAUUUGCGGGCGGGCCUUCAAGGAACUGUCCACGCUGCAUAAUCACGAGAGGAUUCACAGCGGAGAGAAACCAUUCUCCUGCGAGACUUGCGGAAAAUGCUUCCGGCAGCGCGUAUCCUAUCUGGUCCACCGACGGAUCCACACGAACACCCAACCAUACAAAUGCACCGCCUGUGACAAAAGCUUCCGCUACAAGGUUUCCCAACGGACGCACAAAUGUCCCGCCCAACCGCCCGGAACGGUGAUCCGCCAAACGGGUGAUCUUCUACAGAAACUCCUCCAAUCUUCGUCCAUUCUUCCAACGCUCAACGAGGGUUCACCCUUGCCCAUCUCAACUCCACCGCCGGCCCCUCCUCCGUCGAUAGAAACCCCCGAACAACAGCUACAUCAGCAGCAAGAGCACGACGACCUGCAUGACAUCAAAUCCGAAGACGACAUCAACCGAACCUUGGACGAACUGUUGAACGAAUCCUACGACAAGAUGGGCAUCGGGGAACAUCAAACCAGCUACCAAGAUGAUCACCAGCAAAUUCCUAACCCAUACCAUCAUCAUCAACAACAUCAUAUCCACCACCACCAUCAUCAUGAACAACAGCAACCGCUGGGGAUGGAUGGCGCUAGCAGUGCUGGAGAGACCAGCAUGAUCGUACCGCGGAUCGAGAGCCUGUGCUUGCUGUCACCCAAUCCGAGGGAUUUGAUGGCUUUCGAUGGUGAAGCGAUGGAGGUGAUCGACUCCAUCAAGCUGGACUUGCUGUACAAUUGAAGGGAAAUGGUAGGUAAUGUGUGAGUGUUUUCAUUUUGAAAUGUCAAUUGGAAGUUUUCGCUGUAAUAUGGUUUGAAUGUAUGUGGCUUGGUAGCUCCAAGAAUGGAUCUACAGCAACCGCUCCAUAUAUGCGGUGGGUGGUAUCGUCCACCCACCGCUGUUUCUCGCUUGUGCUUCAAACAAUU